UCAACUUCCUGCAUGGUGUAACAAUAUAGCAACCGCAAAAUUAGCAACUCGUGCACAUUCCGUUUCUAAAGCAAACUUUGUUAGCUGCUAUAUGCACAAUUUUACCUCACACAUUGUCCGUACGUUCGUGAGGUCGCUUCAGUGUUGCUCUGGCAACUCCCUAUUUGCGAAGAUUCUAUCUCGGCGUGAACAGGAUGCUUUGUGCUGCAGCGGCUGAGAGAAAUAAGGAGCCCAUUCUGACCGUACUCCGGGAUUGUGUCGACUCGGACAGACCUCUCACUGCGCUGGAGGUGUCCUCGGGUUCAGGGCAACAUGUCGUUCACUUCGCCCAGAGUCUGCGCAAUAUCACAUGGCAGCCAUCUGACAUUGAUCAACGUUCAAUUGACAGUAUAGAGACGUACAGAGACCUUAUGAAACUGGAAAAUGUGAAGCCUGGCAUUCUCCUGGAUGCCUCCCAGUCCUGGGAAAACUGGUGUGGAAUACAGCCGGAGUCUCACCACCUCAUUGUCAACAUCAAUAUGAUACACAUCUCCCCACUGGUGUGCACAGAGGGCCUAUUCAAAGCUGCUGGAAUAAUCCUGAAACCACACGGAUUGCUUUUGACAUACGGGCCCUACUCUGUGAAUGGACUGAUCACCCCAAACAGUAAUGUUGAUUUUCAUCACAGUCUGAAACAGAGGAACCCUGAGUGGGGACUGAGGGACAUCUCCCUGCUAAGCUCUCUGGCUGAGAAGAAUGGCAUGUUUCUGGAGAAAAUGGUCGACAUGCCAGCAAACAACAAGUGCCUGCUGUUCCGUAAGGAAAGCCUGGUGUAGAGUCUGAGAUGCCAGAUGUUUCUACUCGCUGAAGCCCCAUCCCUUUAUUUAGGAAGUGGCUGUCAUAUCAUAUGUUGUGUACAUUUGUCAUCCAACCAGAAACAGGUUUAUUAAAAUAUAUUUAUUACACUAGCAGUCAAACAAUGAACCAUAAAACAAAACAAAAAAAUUACAACACCAUAUAUGAUACGAUAAGUACAUAAGAACUCAUUACUUUUAAUUCCUUUUAGAUCACCUUUUGUUUAAAUUAUGACACGGCUCCUUGGCUUGCCUUUAAAAAAGUUGAGGCAUUCCUGCUAUAAUCUUCCUUGCAGUGUUUACAUGAGUCCUGGGGCUCAUUCCAAUCCUUAUUUUUCUCCUCUUUUUUUUUGUUGUCCUUGCUCGGUCUGACCGGGAAACUGAUCGAGAUCCACCAUCUUUAAGGACAUUGCAACCCAUCUAAUGCUUCUCCUAGGAGCUAGAAGUAGAUCAAUCUUUCCUUCGAGCAAGAAAACAUCAGCACGUCCUUUGCAAAGUAUUUUCUUUGGAAAGCCUCACGUAUAAAUGAUCGAUCUGUGGAUCCACGUCUCCCCAUAUGCCACGUCUGUAACUGAUGGGGCUUCGAACUGAUGUUUGAAGGAGCAAGGACAUUCUUUUUGGCUAAUUCACGUUUGCUUGAUUUCCCCAUCUUCGUGUCUUAUUCUAGCCUCUCCCGGUUUAUGGAGCUAGGAGUAGAAAAAGGAGCAAGGAAAAGAAAAAAAGGAGAAAAAUAAAGGAUUGGAAUGAGCCCCUGAACACAUUUGGAGGGCAAGCAUUCUGCUUAUGUCUGCUAAUUGCAGACUGGCCUCAAAUAUUCUUGAUGGGACUUGAGUCAGGUGACUCAAAUUGCUAGCACAGAACCUCAGUAUUUCUUUCUCCUCAAAAUGCACAAAUAUAAAGUCAACACAGUGAGAUGUGGCAGUAUCCUGUUGCCUUGUACCUCCAGAAUUAUCUUCCCAGACUAAUCUCAGGAAUCUAGCAUCAGACCAAUUUUACAACACAAAUCCAAAUAACAAAACAUAGAUAUACUGUACAUAUUCUUUUUUUGGCUGCUAAUGUAGAAUGACCAGUUGUGUUACCAUAUAAACCUCAUGGGUUCUCCCUGUCAUCCUUUGGUGGAACCCCACCAUCUUAAGUUUGAAUACCAUUGCAUUGGCACUUGCACCGCACUCUUACAUAUUCGUGAAUAAAUUGCACUUUGCUGUGAUAAAGACUGAAUAGCUACAAUUUCUAGAAUGAUUUAAGACUACUUGAGGUCAAUGUAAGCUCACACAACCUCGCACAAUCCCACAAAUGUCAUUCCAUUUUUCACCAUGCAAUGUUUGGCUAUGUAACUGGGAUCGAAUAAAACGAAAUCUGAUCAUGCA